AUGUCGCCUCAGUCAUCACCACUCACAUCAUCCCGACAGAGCCGCCAGUCAACCCAAUCAGCGGUGCAGACUCUACCGGAGGCAGUGCCGUUUCUUCACGACACCUCCUUCUCCAGCAGUCCCGAUCUGAGUCCUUCUGAUUCAGAUCUCGAAAAUGGGGCGAUUCAUCAUGCGCACGAAGAUGAGUACCUGUUGAAUGGCCAUUCGCCGCGGCCCUCAACGACAUGGCGAUUCCCCAACCUCAAACAGAUAUACAUCAGCACCCGCAGACUAUCCAGUGGCGCGCUUGAGAAGCCACCACGACGGCGACCUACUCUCCUCAGGAGAGUGCUGCGUCUGGUAGCCCUGUUGCUCAUGCUCCUGGGUUUCCUCAACCUCAUCACUGCCAUCGUUGGCCUCACGAUCAGUUUCUUCCCUGAAGAAGUGUCCUUUCCGCAUUACAGCAUGUCUGAACACCUGCCCGAUGGCACGACCUCGUGGCCGACCGACACCACGGCCGACAUCCAGCCCAUCGCCUGCGUCAGUCACAACGAUUACUGGCGGAAAGAGCCUUUGUUCUCGGCCCUUUCAGUGGGCUGCUCCGGCGUCGAGGCGGAUGUCUGGUUAUACAACGACGAUCUGUUCGUGGGCCACACUGUCGCGUCCUUGUCCACGAACCGCACUCUUCGGUCAUUAUACAUCAACCCCCUCCUUGAGAUAUUAGACAAGCAAAACCCCACAACGGAAUUCCACCCCUCCCUGGACAAGCCCCGCAACGGCGUCUACGACACCGCUCCGCGACAGACUCUCAUCCUCCUCAUCGACUUCAAGACCGAUGGCGAAGCACUAUGGCCACAUGUGGAGGCACAACUCGAACCCCUUCGCACGAAGAAGUACCUGUCCUACUUCAACGGCACCGACGUCAUUGACGGGCCCAUCACGGUGGUCGUGACCGGCAACGCGCCCUGGAACCGCGUCGUGGCCAACCCCUCUUACCGCGACAUGUUCUUCGACGCCCCACUCGACCUCAUGGCCAAUAUCGUCGACGACGAGGCCAACGACUCCUCCUCAUCUUCUACCUCAUCCACCAUCCAAGACCUCUCCUCCUACCCCGACGACAACAACAACGACGACGACGACAAAGCCAACCCCAAUCCCGUCGCCACCCAAGGCCAAGGCCGCUCCGGCGCCGCCCCCCUCAACCCAGCCAUCUACACGCGCGCCAACUCGUACUACGCCUCCGUCUCCUUCAAGCGCGCCGUCCUCGGCUUCCCCAUCCCCAUCCAGUACCCCUGGCGCUCCACGCUGACCGACAAGCAACUCUCGCUGAUCCGCGCCCAGAUCCGGGGCGCCCACCAGCAGGGGCUGAAGGUGCGGUACUGGUCCGUGCCCGCGUGGCCGAAGGGGUUGCAGGAGUAUUUGUGGCGCGUGCUGGUGCGGGAGGGGGCGGAUUAUUUGAAUGUGGAUGAUUUGAAGGCCGCGAAAGAGGGGAAUUGGGCGAGGGAUUGGGAGAAGGGGGUCGGCGGGUGGAGGUGGACGGGGUGGUUUUUGGACAAGCAUCGAAAUCAUUGA